AUGGAGGAGAUUGCCCCAGAGUAUGAUGUUAUCGUCCUAGGCACAGGCUUGACGGAAUGUGUGCUCUCCGGCGUACUCUCCGUCAAGGGCAAGAAGGUCCUCCACAUCGACCGCAACGAUCACUAUGGCGGGGAAGCCGCAUCUGUAAACAUCGAGGCUCUGUUCAAGAAAUAUGGCUACAACAAAGGUGAAGAGCCGUGGAAGAAGUACGGUCGCGUGAACGACUGGAACAUCGACCUCGUUCCCAAGCUUCUGAUGGCCAAUGGCGAACUCACAAACAUCCUGGUCUCGACUGAUGUCACGCGAUACCUCGAGUUCAAACAGAUUGCCGGCAGCUUCGUACAGCAAGGCUCAGGACCUCGAGCCACCGUCGCCAAAGUCCCCUCCACCGCAGCUGAAGCACUAAGUUCGCCGUUGAUGGGCCUGUUCGAAAAGAGGAGAGCAAAGAAAUUCCUAGAAUGGGUGGGUGCCUUCGAAGAAAGCAACCCAGCAACACAUAAUGGGUUGAACCUCAACCAAUGCACCAUGAAAGACGUGUACGACAAAUUCGGCCUGGAAGCCUCAACGCGAGACUUUAUCGGCCACUCAAUGGCCCUGUACUCAACCGACGAUUACAUCAACUCACCCGGCCAAGCCAAAGAAACCGUCGAGCGGAUUCGGCUGUACGCCAACUCGAUGGCACGCUAUGGCAAAUCCCCCUACAUCUACCCACUGUACGGGCUCGGAGAACUCCCCCAGGGGUUUGCUCGUCUCUCCGCUAUCUACGGCGGGACAUAUAUGCUCAACACCUCGGUCGACGAGUUUCUCUACGACGGGUCCAAAAUCUCAGGCAUAAAAGCCACGAUGCGCGACCGCGGGGACGAAAACGAAGAAGGAAUGAAGUUCACCACGAAGACGAAGAUGAUCCUCGGUGACCCAUCUUACUUCCCCGGCAAGGUGCAGGUGGUAGGGCAUCUCUUGAAGGCGAUCUGUAUCUUGAACCACCCACUCGAGAAGACCGGCGAUGCCGAUUCGCUCCAACUCAUCAUCCCGCAAUCCCAAGUCGGCCGCAAGCACGACAUUUACAUCGCCAUGGUGUCCUCCGCCCACAACGUCUGCCCCAAGGGCUACUACAUCGCCAUCGUCAGCACCAUCGCCGAAACGUCGGCUAACCACCAUCUCGAACUCCAACCCGGCCUCGAAAGGCUGGGCAGGAUCGAAGAGAAAUUCAUGGGUCCUCCGAUCCCGUUGUACCAGCCGCUCGAGUCUGGUGUGAACGAUCAGAUCUUCAUCUCCAACUCCUUCGACGCUAGUAGCCACUUCGAGACAGUAACGGAGAAUGUGCGCGAUCUGUAUAGACGGGCCAUGGGCGAGGAGUUGAAGGUCGAGGGAUUGAGGGAGGGACAGAGUCUAGCGGAGGAGUAA